AUGCCGUCGCUUGGAAAGAUUCAUAAGCGCCAUGGCUAUGGCAAGGAGGCGCAUACCUAUUACCCCGUGCUCAUUGUUGGAGCCGGAGAAUCAGGUAUCGCAAUGGGUUGUCGCUUGAAGGAAGUGCUGGGAAUGGAUCAAUUUCGGAUUUUUGAUCGUCAAUCUGGUAUUGGAGGCACUUGGUGGAUUAACCGAUACCCUGGAGCGGCUUGCGAUAUCCCGGCAAUUCUAUACUCUUUCUCGUUUUGUCCUAAGCUAGACUGGUCCACCUUACAUCCCCCCGGUGCCGAACUCGCGCAAUAUUUCGCAGAUGUAUGCGAAAAGUAUCAGAUCGUCGACAAGAUUCAACUCCACACGGACGUGAAGCAGAUUCGAUGGAUGGAAGAAGAUGAAGAGUGGGAGGUCAUUCUCUCACAUUUGGUUCCUGGUACGGGUGACCUCUCCCAAUACGAGCGCGAUGAGCUUGUUGCACGGGAAGGUCCAAAUAGUGUUUAUAUGGGUACCGAGAUGGUACGAGCCAAGGUGGUUGUGAGCGGAGUGGGUGGACUGGUUGAACCAAAGUCAUGGCCAGAUGUCCCUGGCUUUGAAGACUUCAAGGGAGAAAUAACACACACGGCUCGGUGGAAUAGUAAUAUCGACUUUAAAGACAAGGAUGUCGUUGUGAUCGGUUCUGGGUGCAGUUCAGCACAGGUUGUCCCCGAGCUAGCCAAAAAGGAAGCCAAUGUUCGCUCUAUCACUCAAAUUAUGCGAACUCCUCCUUGGGUACAGCCAGAGAUCCUAAAACCAGAUGCACUUGCAAGAUGGGAGAAAUGGAGUCCCAAACUGAUGACCAAUGUACCCGGUCUCAACAGGUUCUCCCGGAAUUUAGUGUUUUGCGGGUCGGAAUAUUUCUUCUUCGCCAUGUUCCCAGACAAUGUUUUCGGCCGCUGGGCUCGACCACAGAUGGAGCAAGAGUUCUUGGAUAAUAUGCGAGCUUGGGCACCGAAAGAGUACCACGAGAUGCUCACACCGAAUUACAGUCUCGGAUGCAAGCGUCGCAUUGUCGACAGUGCUUGGUAUCAGAGUCUCAAUGCACCUAAUGUGGAGCUUACAACUCAGCCCUUGACUCGUGUGCAUGCCAAAUCUGUCACUAUUGGACCUGGAAAAUACUACCCACCCAAUAGUGCCACUGAAAACGAUGUGGUCCGUGAAAUCCCUGCCGAUGUGAUUGUUCUGGGCAAUGGAUUCGAGACCAAUCAAUGGUUGCAUCCACUGAAGGUCACAGGCAGGGGAGGCAAAGACUUACAUGACCUUUGGGCCGAGCGUGGAGGUGCAUCAGCAUAUCUCGGGAUUGCAAUUGAUAAAUUCCCGAAUUUCUUCCUGCUCUUUGGUCCUAACACUGGUACGGGACAUAGCAGUGUUAUUUUCGCAACAGAGAAUGCGGUCAAUUACUCAUUGAACUUCAUUAAGAAGAUUCUGAAUGAGGAAGUCAGUACCUACGAGAUUAAAGAGGAGGCAGGACGGGCAUGGUCGAAGCAGGUGCAGGAUCAGCUGCAAAAGACCGUCUUCAAGCGUGGAAGUUGCUCAAGUUGGUAUAUUACCGCUGACGGAUGGAACUCGUCGACGUACCCAUGGACUCAAGUUCAUUACUGGUACCGGUUCUUCCUGCCUAUCAUGACUUCAGAGUCACCUCGGAUUGAAAGUACACCACCGCAGACAGGUCCUGGCGAUGAGGCCACCACACCGGCUGCAGAUACGGCAAAGAGGAAGGCGGAACAGGGUAACGGAACGCAGACGCGCGCAAAGCGGAAUCGCUAUAUCUCCAUCGCAUGUGAGUUUCGGUCUAUGACAGCCCAGAUCACCACGCUUCAGGACCAAGUCAACAACCUUUUCAGCAACAUUAAUGAACUAAGAUCUCAAAAACCAGCUUUUGAGUCUCCUCCCUUUGACCAUCUUUCUCGCGAUGGAUCCCAAUCUGUCUUCACUCCCAUGCCCCGGGGAUCCCAAAGGCUCGAUCCCGCCAUCCUCAGUAUGGGAAUUACUCCAGCAGAAGAUGGAAUCCCCGAUGACUUGACAACAGCACAUGUCACGCCAGCUGGCUCUCCACCUGCACAUCUAGGCCCUCUUGUUCCUACUAUCCAUCCGACUAAAGAUCCCAUCUGGUCGAUUCGACGUGAGGAAGCUUUGCGUUUAUGCAGGGUCUAUGAAGAAGAGAUCGGAAUAAUGUACCCUCUGGUUGACAUUACUACCGUCACAAACCAGGCUAAUCUUCUCUACACGUUCAUGGAAGCCGCUACGCGAAGUGGAUUUGCUCAGCGGGGUCUUCCAGGAGCUGAUAGUCUUCAUGAUGAUAACUCUGUUCUUUUAAAGUUAAUUCUUGCAACUACAUUGGUUGUAGAAGGGGGCGGCGAAAGUGACAUAGGUCAGAGGCUGUAUCAUAGUAUCAAGUCUGUGAUUGAAUCUAAAUUAUGGGGCCCUCAUGAUAUCAGGAAUAUUCAGCUUUUUGCUAUUGUGGCCACAUAUCAUUUUCAUACAGACGACGACGCUAUGGCCUAUCGACUGAUUGGGUUGGCUGCGCGAAUGUGCUUGGAGAUGGGCCUACAUCGCCGUGAUGCUUUACUGAAGUCUUUCCCCAGUGAAGAUCAAUGGAAUGAAAUCACUCGCAUCUUUUGGACUGUCUAUAGCUUGGAUCGGCGAUGGAGUCUAGGCACUGGUUUGCCAUUUGUCAUUCAGGAUGAGGAUAUUGACCCGAACCUUCCAGAGCCGGAUUCCUCUUUGCCCUAUUUACGAUGUAUGAUUUCAUACAAUCGAAUCAGUUCUAAGAUCUGGUAUUCUGGUCUUGGCUCGGAGGGAACAACUGAUAUUCGGCGAGACGAGAUUGGAUAUUUGGACUAUCAGAUUCUCCAAUGGUAUAAGCAGGUCCCGGAUGAGCUCAAGUUUUACCCUGUUGAAUCUCCUAAGAAUGGAGAAGCUGCAAGCCGAGGCAUGAGACGUCUCCGGGUUCUGCUGUACCUGCGAAUGAACCAGCUCCGAAUUCUAAUUUAUCGACCGGUCCUCCAUUCCGCAGCGAGCAUUUUAGAAGAUCGAGGCCAUGCUCAGACUGUUGUGGAUAUCGCAAAAGACACAGUUCGAGUCCUCACCCGGCUGAACCAAAUGUCUGAUAUCUAUCGUACUCAGCAAAUCACCUUCAAUUACUUCCUUGUGGCUGCGCUCGCGGUACUUUUCCUUGCUGUCUGCCAUGCACCAUCUGACUUUAAUCGCCAAGUGCGAGACGAGUUUUAUAUGGCACUAGAUUUGAUCAACGGCUUCAGCACGAAAUCCUACGUAUCCAAGCGCCUGUGGAAAACUAUCAAGGGUCUCAGAAAGAUCGGGGAGAAACUUGGGGUUCUUGCACGUCCUUUUGGCACUGAUUCCACAGAUCCUCAUUCUACUGCUGCAGUGGCAAUGGCAGGUCUGGCUGGACAUUCCAUUGAUGAUCUGGCUGUAUACGGUUCAAUGAAUGGAGUGGAUGAUCUCGGAAACAGCCCAUUGAAUGGUCUUCAAAUGAGUAAUGAAUUGACUCAUUUAUUCGAGGCUGUUGGCUCUUUUGGUAACUUCCUGCCAAGUACUACGGGACCAGACGGGAUGAAUGGGUUUGUUGGCGCUGAUGGCGAAAUCCAAAAUACUGGGGAGGGACUUUCAGGAAUUCUUGGUGGUGAAGAGGAAUUUUCCCGCAUCAUCCGUGAUUUAUUUUAA